CCCUGUCACCAUGCGACUAUCCUCGACCACGGCCAAUGAUGAGCAGCGCCAAAUGCCGUAUAGAGUCAGUCACCUUUACGCGUGAGGGGUUGUACAGCAGUGGAGGCAUAGUAUCAUAUAUCUAUGGCCAUUUUCAACAAAAUACGAUGGAUAUAUUCUACCUACGACACUACGACCAUUAUGAGGACCUCUAAGUUACUAGGCGUGGUAGCACUCCUAGCUACGCACGCCAAUGCGUGUCAGCGUGAACGGCAUUUUCAUCAUUCCAAUGUCAAGCACCAGGGUGUAUCGCCUACGCCGUUGACCCCGCAUGAAAGUACUCUUGUUGAAGCAAUUUCCAACAGAACACUAUCUGACUGGUCAUACUACUACACCCAUGGAGCUCAUCUCGCCGGCAAGAAUUUCAGUAUGGCGCAGUGGACUGCUGACCGCUGGGCUGAGAACGGCAUCGACUCCAGUGUCGUGACAUACAACGUCUAUAUCGACUACCCCAUCAGCAAGUCACUGAGCCUCACCUAUGCCAACGGCAGUGUUUUCCAUCCCAGUCUGGAAGAAGCGGUGUUGAACGAAGAUUCUACAAGCAGCUAUCCUGAUCGGAUUCCCACGUUUCAUGGAUACUCAGCCAAUGGUAACGCCAGUGCAGAGUACGUCUAUGUCGGUCGAGGCCAGCAAGUUGACUUCCGGAGAUUAAUCGAGCUCGGGGUCCCCUUGGAAGGGAAAAUCGCCAUUUCCAGGUAUGGAGGGCCGUUCCGCGGCUUGAAGGUCAAGAAUGCACAGGAAUAUGGCAUGGUCGGUGCCGUUCUAUUCACGGACCCAGACGACGAUGGAAACAUGACAGAAGCCAAUGGGUACGCAGCAUAUCCGGAUGGACCUGCCAGGAACCCGACUUCGGUCCAGCGGGGAAGCGUGCAAAAUCUCGCCAUCUAUCCUGGCGAUCCGACAACCCCCGGAUAUCCUUCCAAGAACGACCCACUCCGUGCAGACCCUUCUCGCGUCUUAGUUAAGAUCCCAUCAAUACCGAUCUCUUAUGUAGAUGCGAUACCCAUUCUCGAAGCCCUAGAUGGACAUGGGAUUUCUGGCCGAGAGGUCAAUCGUACACGGUGGGUCGGGGCUCUCAACGUGUCUUACAGCACUGGCCCGGCGCCCGGUGCAGUCCUUGGCCUUAGUAACCUGAUGAAGAACACUUACGCACCUAUCUGGAAUGCAAUCGGUGUCAUCAACGGAACCAAUGCGGACGAAACCAUCGUCAUUGGGAAUCACAGGGAUGCUUGGGUCGUUGGUGGAGCUGCCGAUCCCAACAGCGGGACCGCAAUCAUCGUCGAACUGAGCAAGGCAUUUGGGGCGCUUCUAGCUCAGGGCUGGAAGCCGAAGCGGAACAUCGUAUUAUGUUCAUGGGACGGCGAGGAGUACGGGCUCGUUGGCUCGACCGAGUGGGUCGAGGAAUACAUCCCCUGGCUUACCGAAACCGCCGUGUCGUAUCUUAAUAUUGAUGUGGGAGUGUCUGGCCCUCAUCCCGGCAUUGCCGCAACCCCCGAGCUUCACGAAGUUGCGACGGAGACGAUGAAGAAGAUCCUCUGGAUGGACUCUGGCAGGACAAUGUAUGAUGUUUGGUAUGAAGAUAAUGAGGGCGAAAUCGGUGUGCUCGGAAGCGGCAGUGACUAUACUGCUUUUCUUGAUCAUGCCGGAAUUGGAGCAAUUGAUAUGGGUUCGAACCCAAGCGACAUUGACCCAGUCUACCACUAUCAUAGUAACUACGAUUCCUACCACUGGAUGUCGAAAUUCGGCGACCCUGAAUUUUUGACGCAUCAGUCCAUGGCUCAGUACUUGGCUCUGCUGGCGUACAAACUCGCCGAUGACGAUUUGAUACCCUUUAAUCUGUCUAACUAUGCUGUCCAAAUGAGUCUCUACUACAAAGACUUGAUCUCGGCAAUAAACUCAACAUCGGAGACGUUGGACACGUCUGCUCUCGAGGAGGCGAUUGGCUACUUCGCGCGGUGUGCCACCGAGUUGAAGCAGCUUGAGCAUCAAGCUGUGAAAGGUGCGGACAAUGAGCUUCUUGCGGCUGUCAACCAUAAACACAGAGAUUUCCAGCGGGGUUUCGUUUCUCAAGGUGGUAUUCCGCAGAGAGAGUUCUACAGGCAUGUUAUAUUUGCCCCUGGAAGCGAUACCGGAUAUGCUGCCCAGACAUUCCCUGGUAUCAGCGAGGCCCUGACAGCUGGUUAUACCUCACUAGCUGCUGAAUGGGUGCAGAAGACGGCAAAUGGGAUCAUAGUGGCUGCGGAUAUUAUCAAGCCAUAGCCAUUAGGAACAGAACUAUGAAUGAUGACUCUGCAGGUCGUUGUUUAUGGUGAUGCAAAUAAUCUUACCAUAAUCUCAUCAUCUAAAACCUGCCAAGUCCGCCUCCAAGUGAGAUUUUGGUAUGGGCAUCCCACCACACCGGAGGCGAAGUCACAAUAGGACGUAAGUUGCAGGAUCUAGAUAACUGGCCUUGGAAUGCCAGCCUAUAGCAGUGUGACAUAGUCGAGUCCGAGUUGUGAUUCGAGCUGACAGGCGGCUAGCUGGCAAGAGUGAAAGUAAAGAAGCCUUUGCCGCGAGGCUGAAGAUUAUGCGCGCUGAUGGCUUUGUGUUUGGCGGUGAGAACAGGGUGUGUUUGGGAAAGCCCCUGGGCAUGGUUGAGUGCAAGACUACGGCGACGCUUUUCAGCAAAUAUGAUGUGAGUUUUCAUGUUUUAUGUUUCGUAAAGACAAGCCACGAGUGCAAAUAUUGAACUACGAU